AUGUUGACACAAAGCGCCCUUGUUGCCCUGCUCGGCGCCGCUUCCUCUGUCUCGGCUCAAGUGUAUACCGUGCCCUCUCAGCCCAAUCCCAAGGGCGAGCCCCUCGAUGGCUUCGUGAGCUACUCAAUUGAGUUCUCUUCCUUUCCCGAGUUUGCCGGUAACAAGUCGUCUCCCAACUUGUUCUCCUACAACCUCAUCAACAACCUCGGGGCUCUCUCCGGAUCCAAGCCGUAUAUUCGUGUCGGCGGCAACACUCAAGACUACGCCCUCUACAACGCGUCUCAAAAGACAGCCCUCGUCGGGAUCGUCGACCCCAGCAGAUCCCCCGACUACCCAACCACCAUCCACAUCGGACCAUCGUACUUUGAGUCCUACGCCACCUGGCCCGGCGUCAAGUUCUCUCACGGCUUCAACCUCGGGCUGGGCGCCAACAGAUCGGAGGGAUGGCAGACCCUCUCCGACACGGUCCCCCUGGCUUGCAAGGCCCUCAGCCACGGAAACCUGUACACGUGGGAGUACGGCAACGAGCCCGACCUCUACUCCACGUCGGCUCAGGGCCCCGUGCGACCGUCGAACUGGAACGAGAGCACCUAUGUCUGGCAGUGGCUCAACGGCACGGCCGAGAUCAAGAAACAGGUCCUCAAGCACUGCCCUGCUCUGGCCCUCUUUGGGGAGCCGACGUUCAUGGCCCCGUCGUUUGCCGGCACGGGCAACCACCUCAAGGCCGUUCCCACGUUCCAGGACGGACUUGACAAGAACAAGAACAUUGAGUACUUUUCAACCCACAACUACAUCAGCGGCGCCACGUCUCCCGGCGUCACCCUGCAGGGCACCCUCAUGAACCACAGCAGGACCGUCAGCUCAGUCGAGGGCCACCUCCCCGAGUAUGACGCCAUCUUCACCACCGCCGAGGCGCAAAAGACGACGCCCCUGAUCUUUGGCGAGUGCAACUCCCUCUACAACCAGGGCAGACCCGGCCUGUCCAACACCUUUGGGGCCGCGCUUUGGGGCAUCGACUUUAACCUCUAUGCGGCGUCGGUUGGCUUCAAGCGCGUCCACAUGCACAUGGGCACCAACUAUCGUUACCAAGCUUGGCAGCCCGUCGAGACGGACCUGGCCUCCAGAGGUACCAAGGCCCCCUACUACGGCAGCAUCACCGUCGCCGCCACGCUGGGCAACUCGGCCCUCCUCCCCGUCAGCAUCACCAACCUCCCCCUGCCUGAUGCCCGCGAAGCCGCCUACGCAGCGCACUACUCCAGCGGCCUCCUCAAGGGCCACCUCGCCCGCAUCACCGUCCUCAACAUGCGCGGCUACAACACCACCGUCGACGGCCAGGGCCUCGAGCCCGUCCCCAACCCGCCUCCCCGGCCCAGCCAGAAGUACACGUUUGCCGUGAGCGGCGUGCACAACGGGGCGCGUGUCGGGGUGCAGCGGCUGUUGGCCAACGGCAGCGAUGCCAUCACCGGAAUCACGUUUGAUGGAUGGAGCUAUAACUAUGAGCUGGACAAGGGGAAGCCGGUGAGGCUGCAUAAUGUGACGAUGGGGGAGACGGCGGUUGUCCAGGAUGGGCGGGUCACGGUUGAUGUGCCGGAUUCGUCGGCGGUGCUGCUCAGCUUUCCGCUUUUGUAAG